UGACCAGAGGAUGGACGGAUAGAGGAAGAUAAGCAUUGUGUGAGGAUUUAGGAGUGUCCUUCUGUCUUCGACUUUUCAUUCAUAGAACAGGCAGGAGGAGCAGCCAUUUCCCACACACACACACACACACAUUUCACACACAUACAGGUGCAUUUUACGAGCCAUAUAUUUGUGCGACAGAGAGGGAGAGGGACCGACUCCCCUCCCCUGACUCCGGGGCAAGCGACAGAUUUUAUUGCUCACACACAGACACACACACACACUAUCUCUGUGUUUCUCUCAUCACACACCAGAAGAGCACAUGUGUUUUAGAGUGGACUAGCGACAGAUGGAUGCGCCAUGAAGUUUCAGCAGAAGUGUAUCAUGAUCUUCGCCUUGGUGUGCUGCUGCGCCGUACUGGUGGUGCUCACUUUCUCUGCAGUGGACAUUUGGGGCGAUGACGAAGAUGGCAUCACCGAGGAGAACUGUAGCAGGAACUGCAGAGCGGUGCUGGUGGAGAACAUCCCAGAAGACAUCUCCUUCUUCGACAAUGGAACAUCAAAUCUCCCUCUCUUGAUGGGCUUGUACAACCUACUGGACCGAGCUAUCCGGGUCGUGGAGAUAGUUUCCCCGCUGUGGCUCCUCAACUCCUCUGAUUAUGAAUCCAGCUUCCAGCCUGCUGCCAGACAGGGCAGGGCUCUGCUGUCCAGGCUGCAAGGCCUGAAAGCGAAAGGAAUCCAGCUGAAGAUCUCCAGCGGGAUGAUCGACUCGAAUGAGCUCGUGAUGCUCGCCAAACACAAUGCCGACGUCCACUACGUGAACAUGACAGCGCUGAUCAACGGCCACCUCCUGUCCUCCUUCUGGGUGGUUGACAGGAGACAUUUCUACUUUGGCAGCGCCAGCAUGGACUGGAGAUCACUUGCCACAAGGAAGGAGCUGGGUGUGUUGGUGUACGACUGCAGCUGUCUGGCUCUGGACCUCCACAGAGUGUUCAGCCUCUACUGGGGGCUCCAGUACAGAGACUUCAUCGCCACCUUCUGGUCCAAGCGGGUCUUUGCCCUCUUCAACAAGGAAGAGCCGCUGAAGUUCACUCUCAACAGCACAAAGGCUCAGGCCUACAUCUCUAGCUCCCCAGAGGCUCUGCUCCCCAAACAUCGCAGCAGUGAUCUUGAAGCCAUUUCCAGCGUCAUCCAGGAGGCCCGCCAUUUCCUCUAUAUCUCCAUCAUCGAUUACCUACCUCUCCUCAGCCAUAACGCUCACAGCUACUGGUCCCGCAUCGACGGUCUUAUCCGGGAGGCUCUGAUCCUGAGGAAGGUCCGGGUCCGACUGCUGAUAAGUUGCUGGGAAAAGACUCAUCCACUUACCUCCAACUUCCUCUGGUCCCUGAGGGGUCUGUGCAUGGAGCAGGCCAACUGCUCUCUGGAAGCCAAGUUCUUCAACCCCAGAGUGCAGAGGGAUGGCAGUCUCCAGGGAAUAAACCACAACAGAUUUAUGGUGACGGAUAGAGCCAUUUAUUUAGGUAACCUGGACUGGGUGGGGAAUGAGUUUAACUUUAAUGCAGGAGCCGGCCUGGUGAUCAGUCAGCCGGAGGGCAUGGAGGAGAAGAACUCUACCGUGGUGGAGCAGCUGAGGGCUGCAUUCGAGAGGGACUGGUUUUCACGUUACAGCCACUCACUGGAGGCCGACACGUUCCCCGUCUGCACCACGCACCAGAUCAACAUGCCGGUCAGAGCCGGCCCCCUCGACAAUGAAACAGUGCCUACCAGAGCGGGCCGGCACGACAGCGCACCGGCACCAAUGAGACACAAUCACAAAGAUGACGGACAGACGCCAGUUCAAACAAAGCACCCUGACGACAGACUCGGCAACAUUGGUCGCCACGGCAAGGCCAGUGGACUGGUGCCCAGUAUAGCCAGUUACCAAGAGAUGGGACGAGUCAAAAUGAGUCACCUCGACGACAGACGGGUAGAGGUCAAAGGUGAUUACCGUGACAAUCCAAUGGAUCCACCCAGUCAGCCGGCUGAGAACAGCGGCAGCAGAGAGAUCCUCAACGGGUCCCUGUGACGAGGACAACUUCCAGUGACAAUGGACGUAACACGCUCGGUCUUUGUAGCAUUUUAUCGUUUAUAAACAAAAAAAUUGAAGAUUUAAGUGAAAUCUGGUUUGAAGGACUCGAACGUGUUCACGGAAGAACUCAGGAAGGAAAAGAAGCGCUCACCUGCAGUCUCGCACUUUUGAUGGACUUUUUUAAAAGAAUGAACAUUGCGUAAUACACUGUAAUAAUACCUUAGAACCUUACGAUUUUUUUUAUUUUUAUUCUCACCAGAUGAAAUCGUAUUGAUUGACUAAUAUGUCACUUUAGCUGUUGUGUGGCAGUCAUCGUGUAUCACCCUUUAAAAGGGGGAAAGAUGCCUGGAUGUCUAUGCAGAGAUGGACGUGUAGCUCCACUGGCUACAGUUAGCAUCAAAGAUGCACUCUCCAGCCUUACUGCACUCCUCUGAGUGGAUAUGUGGGAUGGUUUGGGAAUCUCCAGCAUUAUUAUGAAUAAUUUACCGUGCAUUCACAUAAUUACUUACAAAUGCAAACAAUUUGUAUUUCCAAUGAUAACUUUAGAUCUUCCUUCCAGACUUAAUCAACUAUAAACUAAACUGUUCAUUUAUUCCAAUGUCAUAUGAGAACCUUAACUCAACAUUGCAAGUUCAUUUCGACCCACAGGAACACACUGAAAUUGACAAGCGUUGCCUUUAGUCCUGUAAUGGAAACAACCCCAUAACUGGUUUUGAGUGGUGAUCCACAGUGGAGGAGCUGGUGGAUUAAAUCAUGUCCACCGUGUUUACAUCUACGAUACCAGAAGCACUGAACACGAUACAGACAGCCGUCUCAUCAUCCAGGACAUGAUGCACUAUUUAUCAAGAUGUUUUGUUUUAUGGAGGUCAUAAUUGAAUUAUAUAAUGCACCUCUUCUGCUGUGCUCGUUAGACAACACCAGAUGUACCGCGGUGUGGAGUCUUCCAAUCAGCCGCCGGCAUUGAAAAACUACAGGUGUGUUUCCUCGGAGGAAGAGAGGCCAUUGUCCUCAUAGAUAAUCAUUCCAUUUCCAAUAUAUACAGAUCCGAGGAAACUGAGACAAAUUGAAUGGAUAUCUAUAGGAUGCUUUUGAACGCAUGUGACUCAUUGAAUACACACUCGAAGGGACCAGAGGGCCAAAUCAAUACAAAGAUUUUUUAUCAGACAGUUGCAGUUGCUGCAGUUUGAUCUCAAGGACAUUGUUGCCUGUAAUGUCCUGAACAUAUAUGACCUGUACCGCGUGGAGGUACACACACAUGAUCGUUAACAUAGAACAACUAAUUUACUUUUCUUUCUUCUUUUUUAGCGACUUUCAUUUGCAUUUUGACUGAUUGCAUGUCGUUUUUUAGACUUUUACACAAUUUUCUGUGAGCGCUUCCAAAGCCAUUAAUUGAGAAACCACUUCCAGUGAGAGCAACACGGGGAUGUAUUUAUGGACAAUAUGCAGGGUGUUAUCGCCAGUGUUUUAAUGGGAAAGGAGCACAGGUGUCAUGAGGGUCCACUCUGAAUUCACCUAGCAGGAAGAACAAUAGCAUGUUUUGGUCAGAAUGCAUAAAAGGUUUCGCUGUAAUCAUAAAUAAUUGUUUAUUUCACAUUGUUUAUGGCGGAUAUCGCCUGUUUUCUGCAUACAGUACUUAUGCCUGCUCUUUUUGUGCGACAGUUUAUUAAUAUGUACGCCAGCGCUCACUUGCAUCACAACAUGUUCCCCAUGUGUACACACAGGUCACACGCAGCUGACCCACUGAUGCCAGUGGGAAAUGAAACAAAACAAACCACUUGACCAUUGUUAUCUGGUCAUGGCGGAUACAUGCUGCCCUCUAGAGGAUGUCUUGAGAAAGAACAUUUAUUCUCACAUUUACAAAAGCAGUUCAAAAAUACAUUGUUUUGAACUGCUGUUUAUGUUUACCAAUUCUUAUCAAAUGUAUAAAAGGCGGCAACAUGGGAAUGCAAGUGGUUUUCCUGCUUACGUUUCAACUGAAAUGAUGCUACUAUUUAUUGGUAUGAUAUGAUCAGCAGAUCAUUCUUUAUAGGAUAACACAUAUUGUAGUGAGAAUAGUUUAUAUAUAUAUAGCAUUAAAGUAUACAUAAAAAAUAAUGUGAUAAACAUAACAAUUCCGUGAUUCACUUUAAUAUACAUAAGACUUUCCCAUGCUGCUGUAUGUGUGCCAAAGCUCUUGCUCUCCAAAAAUCUCAUGACCUUUACAUGACACUAACACUUAGAUGCUGUAAACACAAACAUAUAUUUCCUUUCUGGAAUGGAUUCUCUAUUCAGAGUGAGUAGAACUUGAGCAUUAUCUCAAUAAUGACAUAAUACCUGGCGGAGGAGCAUAUGUCGACAUUGUAUUGUUUGUAACGUGACAGCUGAUCUGGAGUCAGACUCCGUACUUUACGCUGCUGUUAUUGUCUCUGAUUAUUUCACAAGGGGGGGGGGGGGGGGGGGGCGAUAACCUGUACCCAAAUCUUUGUGUAUGUUACUUGUUUAUUUUGUUUUCAAGCUAUUUUGAUGAUGAACAGUGACUGUUUUCCAGUUAACAGGGGACCAGGACUACACGUUUAAUCUGUCACGGUUUACAAUCUGCUUCAUGCAAAUGGUAAAAAAAUCAAAGCAAAAACAAUAGGAAUGUUUCUGAUUGCUGUCUGUCCGUCCAUCCAGUGAGUUUUAAGAGAAUUGAGCCAUUUUCACUGAAUAGUCAGUGAAAGAUUCUGUGUUUUCUUGAAGUCAGAAGCGUUGACAGGUUUGAUGUAGCUGCAAAGUUGAACAGACUGAAGCACUUUUCAAUUUAAAUGCUCACUGUAGAACUUUUCAAUGUCGCCUACCUUUAUUCUAUUGAAUUAUUUCGGCAUGACUGCUGCUUGCAUGCCUGCCUUUAUGAAGUGUGCACAGCUACGUGCAUUUCCAGAGAUAAUAAUGAAAGCUUACAUACAUUAAAAAAAUACAGAAGGAAUGUCUAUUUAUUGAAUACCCUUGUUAAUGCACACUACUGAAUUAUAUGAGCGCUGUGUUUUUACUCUUAAUUAAAAAAAAAUUUACUCUUU